AUGAGCUUGGUUCUUUACGGAGAAAAUUUCAAUGGCGACCCAAAAAGUGCGCAAAACGUGGUUUUGCGGGAUCCGAACUCACGGUCUUUGGUAGUUAUGAACCAGGCCUCAGGCGAAAUUUCCUUGGUGAGACAAAUAAGAGGUCCAAGAAUUGACUCCAAAAUCUCCCAAAAUCGUCCACGUUUACUCUCCUCGUACCUCUGUCCGCAAUGUGGGACCGAGGUAGGCACAGGUUUUGAAUACGAGUCCUCACCCCAGAGCCCUGAAUCCAAAUCGGGCUCCUUUGUGCAUAGAAACUACUUUAAACUUUUGGAGCAAAACAACCCUUACAGGUCCCAACAGUCUUGUAUUCAAGGUUUAUCUGCAAUACCGUCCACUUUAUUCACUCCCGGAUAUUAUAGACGAUUUUUCAGAGAGCUUUCACUUUUGGGAAGCGGAGCGCGUGGCUCCGUCUACAAAGUCGAACACGUCCUCAUGGAUAACCAUCUGGGGGUGUACGCACUAAAAAAAAUUCACAUUGGAAACGACUUGUCGUGGCUUGAGCUGGGAAUGAAAGAGGUGAAAUUCUUGAGCUCCCUAACGCACAAUUGUACCAACUUGAUUACGUAUAACCACGUUUGGCUUGAGAUGGCUAGUGCUAGUGGCAUUGUGAGGGCUUCUGAUGGCCAAGAUGCUCUGGAUUCCGAGCAAAUCCCAUGUAUUUUCAUUUUGCAGAAGUUUUGUCCCGGAGGAAACUUGGAAGAAGUUAUCGAGAAGAAAGUGUUUGGAAGAUUCGCAGAUCAUGAAUCUUCUGACGAAAGAAAACGACAGUUUAGACUCAAAAGGGCAGAACGCGAAGCAGGGACUUCAAAGCGACAAGGCCUCACCACAUCGCAAUUGCUGUCUAUAAUUUAUGAUAUCGCAUCAGGACUGAAAGAGUUGCAUCAAAUGAACAUAAUACAUCGCGACCUGAAGCCGUCAAACUGCCUGCUUUCGGAAGCCUAUGAUCCCGAUAAGCUUCUUUACGGUGAAAAGAGCUUCCCAAACGUCAUGAUAGGUGAUUUUGGGGAAAGUCAAAUUUGUGGUCAAUUGCGUUCCGCGACAGGUGCCACAGGCACUUUGGAGUUCACUGCACCAGAGGUUAUACUUGUGAACACAAAAGCUGGUAACAUGAGCGCUUCGCUACCACAAUUUACAUUCCAGUCUGACAUGUACUCACUUGGGAUGGUCUGUUAUUUCUUGACGUUUGGCGAGCUUCCUUUUAUGAACGACCUUAGCCUCCCUCAGCUCAAAGACGAUAUAAAAUCACUUCAAAUCGAUAAAAAGUUCUUGCUACGAAAACAUAUUGACCUCCAGCUGCUACCGAUUGAUCCGAAGAUCUUUGAUCUCAUCGAAAUUUUAUUGUCAGCAAAUGCUUUGGAAAGACCCACAGCGGCGAUGGUAACGAAUACUGUACGAGAAUUGAUGGGUGAAAUUCGAAGAAGCUCCGAUUCCCAACAAUCAAUUCUAAGUAGUGCUGAUAUUCAAGACCAGGAUCAGUUAUCAGACUCCGAAAUGGACGAAUCUGCUUUACAUGAAAGCACGUCUAUAAAGACUCCAGAGCCCUCGUCCCUCUCCAGAUAUCUUUGGGAUCCCUACAGCCUUGCUAUCAGCAUAUUUACGGUUUACCGCUAUGGCCGCAGCUCAUAUCUCCCUUUCCUGUCGGUAUUUUUGUUAGGCAUGUCGUUCAGAGCUGAGUAUCGCGUACGAAGCAGUGUUCUUGUAGCGAUUUUAUCGAGUGUAAAUCUGGCGAUUUUGUUGAUAGGAACGCAACUAAAGUCAGCAUCAGUAAUUGAACUUGACUGA